AUGUCUACGCGCACUAAACAAAAUUGUGGACUGCAGCUUACAUUUCCUAUCAAGUACCGAACGUCACGUUCGUGUACAUAUCUGAGGAAAGAAAUUUUUACCAGUUGAUGAUAAUUUUAGUUGAUGUUAUUUAUUUGUUUAGAUCAUUUCUAAGAUCCCUCUCAGUUCUACCUCGCGAAACUAGUGCAAGCUGAAAGCGUUAAUUGCCACAUCCCUAGAAGAACUUUAUCAUACAUGAAAGUACUGUAAAAAAAGCAAAAAAACAAAAAAAGGAAGUACAAUAUAAUACUGAAUUCUUGAACCCUCAAUAUUCUUCUUUCGAACAAAAACAGACCUCCCCUUACCGGAUUUACUCCGAUUUUUCCAAGCUUUUUACCAAAUUCCAACAAAUUUCUCGAACCUCUUCGAGGAUACAUGUUUCUAGAGAAAUUAUAUGGUUGGAUGUUUACUUGGAAUGGCUGAUUCAUUAGUUGCAUAUGCGGAACUUGGAGGAAUACCGUGCCGAUCAAAAUUGUAUGAUUGUUGUAGAUAAUAACAGCGCAAAGCGCAUAAAUUAAAGGAACACAGUUUUCUCAGAUCUCUAGGUUUGCAACCGUGUGACAAGGUAGCCAUUGUAUUGGAGGUAUAAACAAUAACUCUCCCCCCAGAAUUUGCAUGAAAAGCGAAAGAAAGAAAACAAUUCUUGCGUUUCUCGAAAGACCCGAAAAACUUUUCGUAGCCACGAAGUUUUUCUGGACCCUUCCAGGUGAAAGAUUCAACGCUCCAGUCCGAAGCUAUUAAAUAUCUCAUUUCAAAAGGUUUUGAAUUCAUUUUAUUCCUUUUGAAGGAUUAGAAAAAUACAUUAUGGUAAAAAUUGUUUACAUUUUCUUAAGCUUUCUGGUUUGACGGUAUUUGCUGUUUUCUCUUAGAACGAACCCGAAACCUUAAGAUUUCUCCUCACCGAUUUGAAUGGCGCGUUUCUAUAUAUAUAUCUAUAAAAAAAACUGUCAAAAAAUUGUUAAAUUGCUCUUCUCUUGAAUUAAAUAAAAAGUAGCCCAUUCGAAGGAUACAGAAAAAAACUUUCGUGCUACAAACGGCAUCGUUUUGUUUUCGCUUGCGCUUGAAAUUUAAUAAUGAAUGCCUCAUUCCAUCAGAAAGAAAAACAUUGUAUGAAAUUGCUAGCAAUUAAAGUGAUUUAAGCAUAUUUUAUGUGGGAAAGUUUUUUCCCCAGAGUGAGUCGACGGCGAAGAAAACGCAUGGUAAAAUAAGCCUAUCUUCUCUCUUUCAUUCUGCUGAAACAUGCACUGUAUACGAUCUUCAGCUUGGAGAGUCAAGAGUGUCGAAGACUGUUCAAGCCGCUGAACAUUUUUCCUCCAUAACUUUACCGUUACAAUAAUUGUAAUUAGGACGUUAACGUGGUAAGUUUUAAUGCUUGUUUUAUUUUUUAUUUUACUUUGUAUCACGCUUUUGUGUAUUAGAAAUGUUGCCGGGAAUACUGAAAUGACAUUAAGAUAUCGCUACUUAGAUAGUCAGGCGAAAAUGUGUAUAACCAGUCAAGGAGCUACGUGUAGGAAAAAAAUAUCAUUUCUUUUACGGAUUGAGGCUCUAGACACACCAUUACACGUCGGUGAAAAAUUGGCCUGUCUAGCUCGACUUUGUUUAUAAAUAACUGCGAAGAAACUGAGGAUAAACUGGUGGCUGACGACGUUUUCCGAAAUUUUACAGCGUUGAUAGAGCACCACCACCAACUCUAUUUCAUUAAUAUUUAACUAAUAUUCAGUUAUUUUUAGUAAUUUGAUACAAAAAUCGUUUUAUUAGCAACCAACAUAUCUUUUAUAUGUCGUUUCUCAAUAUGCAUGUUAGCCCUUGCUUUUAUAAAACACUACCGUGUAAGAAAGUGUUUUUCCCAUGUUACUGUCAAAAUUUAAUGGUAAACCGCUGAGAAGCUCUUUGACAAGGUGUAAAUAUCAUGGCUGGCGCAGCUGUGGAGCUACGUCCUCGCCAUUAGAAUUUAUAAGGAGAUUUACCUGAAUGUGAAUCUGAGGUUUUUCACAUUAAGGCAUUUAAGCAGCUUGCCUGAGUUAAGCUUUUAACCGCCCAUUAAAACAUCAUUAUGUCCAGCUCACGAAGGGACUAAAAGUCGUCUUGUGCACUGUAUUUAAGCUUUAAAACUCUCUAGAAAGAAACAGGAGACCAAGUAUUAAAGGCUUUGACCCAAACUACGACGAUAGUCUAAAAAAUACGAGGUUUAUUGAGCACAACCAUAACUCUCAGGGGCGCCCAACGAGAAUAUCGUUCAAAACCACUUAAACAUAGUAUUGUUAAACGUAUGUUAGUAUUUAAACGGUAGAUAUAGGCAUAUUUUUAUCCCCUAAAAAUUUUUCAUCUGUUCGGAUUUCCCAGCUGAAAGUCUAGUGAUCCAAAAAUUAUAGGGAUCAAAACUUACCUUUUCGAAAAUUUCAGCCAGAAAAAAGGCUCCCGAAAAUUCUAGGUGACCUUUUUAGGGUAAAAAUCCGUUAAAAAUAGUCAAUUAUACCAUUUUUUAGAUGUUCGAAAAUAUUAGGAGAGGUAGGCAAGCAAGAAAUUUUACAACAAAUGUUUGGAAAAUUCUAGAUAGCAAAUCGUCUUCCGAAAAUUGUCGUUGGGUGCCCCUGAACUCUGCACGCGUAUCGAGUUUCUCUUUUCUGUCUUUGGGAAACUAGGACGUGAAAGGACCAAAGUUUUCGUUACUUGAGAACGUGAACGACAAGGAGUUAAAUUUUUACUGCACUUUUACAUGAGCUGGGAUGCGGUUUCCUCUCGUUCAGCACCUACGUAAUUUCCCAACCUGUUGAUAACUGAUCUCGUUGUAAUGACUGUGAAGUACGUUUUUUAAUCAGGUAGUGUUUUCUCUUGUGUUGGAUCGUAAGGUCCCUGUUGUAACCAGCGAACAGUACAAAGUUGGUUGGUUGGUUUUUUCUUAAUCUGUUCUUUUACAAUAAGGUUCUUCACCGGCCAUUGCUUUUGGAACAUUUUCGUAUAAUGUAAAAAUGGACUAAUCGCUUCUCACAGAAAUUACUGAUGAACUUCCUUAAGCUUCCGAGCGCAUAACUGCUCUUCUCACGUGGGGGUCUAAUUUUUUAAUAUUUCAAAAAUCCCAGUACCUUUUUCAUCAUUGAAGUUGAUGGAAAUGGAAUUUUUUAUGUGCUUUCUAGGUAAAAUUCUUUCCUUACUUAUCUCGUUGAUGUCAAGAGUACCGUAAAAAUUCACCAACCGCCUUCUAAGAUGACAGGAACUAGCUGUUAGGGACGAAAAUUAGGCACUAAUGAGCUGCUGAUGCAGACAUUUCGAUUGGUCACGUAGAGCGUUUUCACUCAUUAAUUUUUCAGAGAGAUAUGAUAAAAAUAGCACAAAAGAAGUGAAAACAAAAUAAUUCGGCGCACAUAUCUUAGUUUUACCAUUAUGUAUACCAUGCACCUUCUAUUCAAUGGGCGUCAGCAUGAAACAGAACAAACAAAAAAUUAAACACCAGAAAAAGCAAAAACAGAAAAACAAAAAGAAAACUAGAUAUGGAUAAUAAUAAAAAAAUAGUCAGUGAGUAUAAAGCCAGCUUUUUUAUAUUUUCGUUAAAGGUAUGACCUUGCGGUAAGAUCAAUGACUUUCUUUUGAAACUGCAAAAUGAUUUCUGUUCGAAUUAGGUGGUUCAAAUUUUUCGUCCAAAACUCGACAAUAAUCAAAAUUAAUUUUCUCCAUUUUAAAAGGCUCUACAAGCUGAUAUAGUCGUCAGAGAUAUUUUGGAAGAAAAGACAGAGCUUCUCGGUGAUAUAGAAAGUAUAUUAUCUGUGAAUAUGAAAUAUUCACUAGUUAUCCUUAAUGCGAAUCUAAGGCAAUUAGAUUAGGACAAGUUUUUUCAACGAACGUGAGUUGCUGGCAAGUCACGUCAGUUUGACACAAUUCCAUAGAUACUGAUAUACUUAAUGGAGAAUGUUUUUGUCCGAUUCAUUUACGUCAAGAAACUUUAAUUUAUGAAUAUUCAAUAAGCUAUAAACAUAAAUUAUGCCCAAAUCUUGCAAAUACUUUUCACAUUCGCCUUACUUCGAAUCACGAUACGGUUACAUAAAUCACAGACAUGACAUGCGUUUAGAUGAAAGGUAGGAUUAUUUUCUGAUGCACGUUUUUGAGCUUUUAAUCUAUAGAUUUACUCCUGCGUAUUAAUGGAAAAACCUCAGACUCAAAAAUACCUUUCUUUACGGGUUGUCACUCUGUAGCUAGGUCGUGUUUUUGCUGUUUUAGAUUAGGCUUUUUAGUGCAAUUCUUGAUCAUAGAGCUUGAAAUUUCAAUGUUUUCUCUCGAGAUUUGCGUUGGUAAAGCCGUCAACGGUAUGAAUCGAUGUUUUGAGUUACUUGGAUUUCGAUUUGUUUCAAAUACAUAACCUUCUUGGUUCAGUUUUGAGAACGCGAUCUCGCGUUAAAAAACGUGUAUCUUCGUCAACAGUUACAGAGGCAGGAGAGAGAUAAUAAUCGCGUGAUUUCGUGAGAGAAACGAGUAGCCUAAAUUAUAUUAUUUACUACUGGGAAAGCGUAAGAGGUAACGAUUAUAAUUUUUCCCGCAUUGCCCGAUAAGGUAUAUUUGUAACUGCUGUAGGUCAGAAAUAGCUUAAAGAAAAUCUUUGAAAUGAUAUUUUACUCAAGCUCUACAACCUUUCCGUACGCCGCUUUGGAGAAGCGAUUAAUUACUCAAGCUAAUAGAACUGUAAACAGAAUAACCGUCGAGUACACCAAGGAGCAAAAUGAACAAAGAUCGUCGAACUAUUUACACGGUUAUUAUUGGUUCCAAGUUUGCUGGGAGUUACAUUUAUUUAAAGAUGGAAAACUGAAAAAUAUUUAAGAUCACAACUUAAUUUAGGUUAGAUUUUGAUGUUUUCUUUAUAUUUUUGGUAAGUUUGUUCGCAAAAUGCUCUCAAACGACGAACAAAGUCAGGUAGACUUCGCCUAUACCUUUUUAUAGGUACUUCUAAGUCCGUAUACACCCACACAUAACCCUGUUGUAAUAUAUUUAACGCCGCUUGCCUAAAAAAAUAUUCCCCAAAUUGCAGGUGUUUUGUUAGUUAUCUUGAAUUGCCUUUUGCGAAUGAAAUUACCAUUGUUUUGGUUAUAGGACCAAUUACAAAUGGUUUCAGAUGAAGAAUAUUGUAAAAACCGAAAUUCGAAUUUUAAUCUCAGUAUUUGUGGAAAAUUAGAUUUGUAUGCAGUUUACAUUUAUGAAAAAAGCUUGAAAAUAAAUGUUUUUCUUUCUCCAAAAUUUGUUUUUUUUUCAAAGAUGCCCGCAACGUAUAGAACCCACUGACGAUCUAUCUUAACCUUAUAUUAGACCAAUUGUAGUUUGCCUUGAUGUAAUAAAAUCAGAGACCUGUUUAGAAUAUUGAAAGGAAAAGACAUUCCCUCGUGGUAAACAAGUUCCCUCGAAUUCCGGAGUAGAAGUGCUCCCUUACAUUAACUAUAUAUAGGCAUGUGCGGCACCAAGCAUAAGGUGUAUUUUAUGACCACUUUUGGUUUGACAGUGGGUAUAGAUUUUAGUCGUUUGGAUUUAAGAUAGAGUUAAUUUUUUUUAGGAUCUCUGGAACCAGAUCGUGUGGAAUGGGGAAGGUUGUGUUUAUCACUGCCUUUCCCCUCUACAGAACGGUGGUUCAAGUCUGGAAGAGCACAGACCGCUGAUGUUCAUGCGUAAAGUGCGCAUCGCAUCGUAAUGCAAUAUACCAAAAUUUGUAAUUAAAACUGCGCCGUAUAUAUAUUCAGUACCUUUUAAAAAGCGCAAUAUCUUGCAGUCUGCGUAAUUUCUAAUAGACGAAGAAUUGUAAGUAGGCAAGUUGUAAGACGUAAAUAAACAGUCUAGAAAUGUUAUAUUUGCUUAAAGCGAAAACAAAAUAUCGGUCAAUGAAAUAAGAGAGAAUUUCAAUUACCUCUUCAUUGUUUCUAAUGGUUUUAUUUAGUGCGUCCAAGUAUUUUGAAAAAUAAUUUACGUUUAACAAGAAACGUAAUACGUCUUUAACGUAUCAAAGACGUUUUAAGUCAAAAUCAGCAGUCGCAAUGUUUCUUAAUGAGACGUUUUUGAUUUUGUGACUAUUGAUGUGAAUGGCUGUAAGAUUGUCAUAAUGUUGUUGGAGCAUUGUCCUUCAUCUUUGCCAUACAACAUCCACUUGAAUACACUGCUGAGCAACCAACCCAAACUGAGUUUUUCUAUUAUUUGUGACCCCAAACUUGAAAGACAUCAACAUCAUUAGAAGGCGUAGCAUACAAACUAUGGGCUGUCAUUAUACCGCAAGAAAGAAUUAGUUCUCUCUUGUAUACAGCUUGUAUACAGCGUUUUUUUUAUCAAAACAUCAAAACAACUUACGGACUAAACUAAAUACAGUGCAAUUAUCAAUUUGAUAUUACAAACAAUCUAGACGUUUGUCUUGCUGGCAGGUUAGUUUUUAAUACUCUGGGGACGUUAAUAUUGACAAAGAAUUGAAAUUAACUUAUAAAUUCACUUAACAGCAGCAAUGAAAAGGACAAUUUAUAUCUCCCGAUACUGAUGAAGUUGGCCCGUGUUUGUUCACAUUUGGACGAUCAGGAGGUACAUGAGAUUUGCUAGUGUGAUGUUUGUACAGUAGCUGCACUCUAGGGUGCAUGAAAUGUGUCUUGUGACCAAAACUGACAGGAAAUUUGCAACGGUUCCAACCAAGUUUUUCAGGAAAGUUACUUCACCUAUAAGAAUGGCACUAAAUUUUUAACGCGUAAGGGAGAAAUUCCAGUUGCCUAGCCUUCUAUGUCUAAUUUCGACGUUAAUUUUCUUUAUAGCAUGCCAUUAUAGCAGUUUUCUUGCUUUGACCAAAAGCAUUAACUCUAAGAACUCGACACCACUCUGAUAGCUGGACAAUUUUAUUUGUUAUCGUCGUUUCAAUAGAGAUUCAUCACAAACACAUCGCAAGUUAAUGGGAAAUAUGAUUAAAUAAUGGGCUUAAAAAGUACAGUGUUUAUAUUAGUAUUUUGGUGAAAAUAUGGGCCAGUAAUUAAAUUAAAUCUCCUGACUUGCGGUGGUUCCACUUAGGGCUGUCAUGCAACAUUAUCGACUUAAUCUUCCACAAUAUUUUGCUAAUUCAAUUCACUAUACACAACGAAUCUCACAAUAUCACAAAAACAAAAGUCACUUCAUCUCUAGUAUGUUCUUCUGUGCUAACACAAAAAGGUAUCAUUAAUGAGAAUGUUGCGAAAGAUAAGAGUUUUUAACAAUUACUCAGUCCUCGGGCCUGAAUGGGCUCUGAGUCAAUAGCCCAUGAGGCCGAAGGCCGAAUGGGCUAUUGACUCAGAGGCCAUGAUGAGGGCGAGGGAAUAAUUGUUUUUGUAAAAUCCAAGUAGUUGGUCAAAAAUAUCGAGAAUAAAAAAAAUUUAGCUCGUUAAAGCUAGACUUUAAUCCCUUUUUGCCGCCAAAAAGCCCGCGCUUUUCGCUACUAGUGGGCUACAACAUAUAGCUUAGUAGUAGCUCAACCAAUCAGAACGCAGCAUUGAUAAUAGACCACUAGUUGGAUUUUCCUGGAUUUUACUAAAGUGCAAAUAGUCCACUUUAAAUCGGCCUUGAGGCCUCUGUUUCAAAGCGAGGCUGAGUUCGAAACCGUUGAUAUGAAAAUGAUUUUGUCAUGCAAACAACACUCAGUUUUCCCAGAAUGGUUUUGCACUUAGCCUCGUUUUGGAAGUGAGAAUUUUUGGAACUCGGAAAUGGCCUAUUUAAUUUGUAGCCACGCCCUUUUUUCGGAGGUGGAUUACCUGGGUUGGUGUGGAAAUCAAGUUUACUCAACGUUUAUCCAGUGAGAGAGUAGAAGGAACUUUGUUCUAAUAUACCAGUUAACUUUUUGCCAUAUUAUUAUUGACUCCUCUGAUACAAUUUUGGAAUUUAUUGUCAUUCCGUUUCAGUGUUCCACGCUGUUUUGAGUAAAACCCGACAUACUUUAUCCCAAAUUGGCGAAAUCUAACAUUAUACCGUAAAAUAUAUAUAUGUGAUCGAUUCCCGAUUAUUGAUACUGUCUCAUAAACCAUACCCUGGGCGCCAGAGAGCGUUUUAAAAUGUUUUUAUGUAAUUUAAAGCUACAGAUACCUCUGUCAAAAUCUUUACUCUUCUCUGAUAAUUCAGAGGUUUUUGACUAACUGUUUUCCAAAACUUACAAAUGGAUGAAAAAUAGUGUCAGUUAAGUCUGUUUCUACUAACACAUUUUUUAGUUUGAACCUCGCGUGGGCGUUUAUCAGUCAUUAUUUUACAGCCACGACGUUUUUUUGUAGAGUGCUCAGGUUGAGUCACACAUGGCCUCUAAUAUCUUAUUGUUUAACAUUUUUGUUUUUUGAUUAAGGAGUUAUUUUGACUGCCCAUUCCGAAGGGGUGGUUACACGAACACCACUCUGCUCAAUUCCUGAUUUGUAAUCGCCUCCCGUCUCCUCCCUUUCAAAUGCCACUUUUAUGAUAAAUCAUUCUGUCUAAAACCCCUUUAAAUUGUUUUUUCCGUUUUAGCUGCCUCGGAGUAAACACUACGUGAUUUGAAGCAAAACGGAAAACAGCCGAACGAAUUUAAACUUUUUUGAUGAACACUUUAUUUAAACGUACUUAGCUACAGUUGUUUAUUGUUUGUGGAUGGAGGAAAAACGUACUUGUGUACCAUAUGCAUCUCAAUCUUGUCACCCUUUUUAAAAAAAUUAUUCGUCUUCGAAAACGCACAAGAUAAAUCUCUCGUUUGGCUUUCCCUGCUUUAAUGUUGGACGGAAAAUAGAUUUAUACCUUGGGGUUGUAUAUAAUUAUAGAGAGAGCUUUUAAGUAUUUAUUUGUUAAAUAAGGCAGUUUGAAUCUAUAUACGCUAAAAAGCAGCAGGAUUUCACUACCAUCUCACCAGAGGCUACGUUUUACGUUAAUUCCGAAAGAGCAAGUGGAGGUUAAAAAAACACUUUAACUCUCAUCUCGGAAUAUCCUUUUAUAGUUGCGACAACAAGUCUGUCAUUGUCAAAAGGAGUGCCACAAAGCUUUGUUUGCGUGGUCAAGUAUCUUGUCAUCGUAACUAAGUGAUUAAAAAGUGUACAUUCAACUUCUGUUAUCAGUUACAUCCGCUAAUAUCACCUGCUCGACUUUUGGAACUAAAUUUGCAAAGGAUUCGGGAAGCUUUGAUCAGGUUCCUCAACAACACGAGUUGUUUUGCAGCCUUAAAGCGCAUUUCGAGAAUUUUGACUACACACCCAUGAAAAUCGGUAAGUUUUCAACCGAAUGUCAUGUUCCUUUUCUCUUCAACCAGUUAUUUUGCAGGAGCAACCGCUAAUGACAAGAUCUCAUCAAAUCCUUGAGAAUCAAUGCCGGAGCCGUUUGUUCUAACAAUUCAACUUGUUAUAGAUUUUCCAAAUACGUGUGCAAUUCUACUUGAAAGACAUUGUUAGUCAGGUAUGCAAUGUAUUUUUGGGUCUUGUUUCUCCAAAAAUCAUUGUUUCCUCGUAGCUCCCAAUUUGAACUGUUUUUCGCUAAGUUCAUGAUUAUUUAGUAUUUAAAAAAAAUCCAGAAAAGCAUCAAGAUGCCUUUGGGCUGCAAUUAUCGCCAUGGAUUUGUGUCAGCUUAUGUGAAAAUUUCACAUGAAAUGUCAAAAUAACUACUGAAAUAUAAUAGCAGAGCUGAUAUUUUGAGUCUCGGGACGAAUUUUAGCCGUUGAACUUGAUGGAGGAAGAGACAGUUGACUUUACAUAUGUGCCUAAUGCAGAGGUUAGAUGCCUGUCAGUUCUUGUUGACUUAAAUUUAAGUCGCAAAUGAGCGAGACAAAAAUAGUUUCAGAAGGAUGUCAAAGGUUUUUUGUUUCUUUGUUUUAAUGAACGUUUUCGCCGGAACUGGUAGCUUUUCUGCUAGUUUCCAGAGUUUCUGUCAAUCUAACUUGACAGAAAAUAUUGGGAAAAAUAAGAAUGAGCUGGUCUCCACAUACACCUCCUAAACACUCCUCAUGGAGAAAACUUUUUUCCCCUAAAAAAGUUGAGUUUUCAAUCGGAAAGCUUAAUCUCACUCGUUUUUCAAUUUAUCGUUAUUUUUGCCUUUUAAUUCCAUAGCUUCGACUGAUAACAGAGCUUUUCGUUCAGAUAAUCCCACAAACACCAGACAAUCUUGGUCAAACUAACCCAAUCACUGUUGUAGCUACAUUUUGCAUUUAUAGGCUGAAAUAAACAGCCUUUUACGAUUUCCACUUGACAGGACGUUUUAAACAACUAACAAAAAUGCAUGUUAUUUUCUAAUUUCCAUCAGAUGAAAAAUAUUUCUUAAGGUAUUUAGUUAGACUGAGUCUUCGUGGUUGGUUUGUCUAUCUCAAUACAAAACGAAAAGGUCUAACGGAAACAAUAGCGGUUUAGACGUACUUUCGGAUAUCUUCGGAGACGUUUCUGAGAUGUCAACGGAAAUCAAUAUUACUAUUACUACUAUUCUAGAAACAUACGGUCAGUUGAUUUUCGUAGCUGGUAACUAAAAUACUAAUGUUUUUAUUCCUAAAAGUUUAACCAGUCGCAGGUAUCACCUUUAGUCUUGUAGCCCGUCAGUUUUCUAACCUCUCUGGCAAAAUCAUAUGGUAUUUUUUCCACUUUCAGUUCUUCGUUUUCUUUCUCAUUUCAUAUUCUGAUAACACUACAUCACAAAUAGGAAACUUUUAUCCUUUUAUUGUUAAUAUUAAUACUUGUUUACAUUUUUAUUAUUCAAGUCGAUAUUUUAAAAAAUCGUAUUUUUUCGAACAAUAUUAGGGAUGAUAAUAAAACUUUGAAUUGUUUUAACUGAGGAUUUAGUGGUCAUGUAGUUGGUGAUCAAAACUGAUUUUUUUUACUUCCUUAUGACUUGCCUUGUGUAUCAUGCCACGAAAGUGAGACCGAGAUGUCCCUUUUAACGCUAAAAGGGGGAACUGCUAACUGAAAAUAUGGUUUUUGAUAUUUUCGUACUGUUUAAAGUAGUUUAAAGGAAAAUUUGCUAGUGAAAAAAAAAAAACCAUUUAUUUAACGAAAAUUUGCCAAUAAGCAUGAAUGGACUUUGCCCCCGUCCACACGCAUCCGGACAUUUUCGUUUUAGCCUUCAAUGCACACCUAAACGGCGUUUUCGGACACCAAAAACGCAAGCUUUCAAAAAAGUUCCCCAGAGUGGAAGUUUUCGAAAACGCCGACUUAUCGUUUGUGUAAGGACGAAAACGGAGGUUUUCGAACACAAUGACACAUGUAAUGAUGUCACACAUACAACACUACCGUUACGCUUACUUUGUAAGAGAUACUAUCGUAUUUUCAUCGUUUUAGUGUUUUCAUGUGAGCCGGCAAAAAUGAUUCAAAUACGCUACGUCUAGCCUCCCACGCAGACGUUAUUUGGGGUUCGUCACGCGUUCCUAAGAACGUCUGCGUGGGAGGCUACGCGACGUGCAGACACGAAAUUUUUUGGAAAAGAAGGAAAAAAAUCUCCGUUUUCAAAAAAUCUGUGGAUACGUGUGGGCCGGGCCUUAUUUCGUCACCAUGGGGGUGGUCUUUGAAUAAGCAAAAAGCUUUUGAAAUAGUUCUCCCAAUGUUGUUUCACCGUGUCUAAUUGAAUGAUUAUAAAUAUAAAAACCUUUCAGCAAUUUAAGACUACACUCGGUAUUUUUUACUAAUGAGUAGUUUCACAAAAUAACAAUGGCAUGCACAAACUUUAUUAUCUAAGUUAUGCCGAAUGCCAUUUUUCUGCUUAGAUGAAUGCUAGAAACAGGAGUGGAUGUACUCAAGCGAUCAUUAACUUCAUUUAUUAAUCAUAACCUAUAAGUAGUCGUUAUUGCAAAUGAACAGGUCCGUAGAGUAAUACACGUGCAAUGACUUAACCCUUUCACUGCCAAUGAAGCCAAAGGCAAAUUUCGAGCAAGUUUGCAAAUUUCAUUGUGUAAAGUUUUGAAAAACAAAUAGCACUAUGUGGAAGUGCAGGCAGGGAGCUUUCAUUUGAAUGGUCACAUCGUAGGAUUUCAUCCACAGACUCAAAAGUUAGAGUCACCUUACAAACCUCCAUCAAGCACUCUGGCGGUGAAAGGGUUAAUUCAGUUAUGUAACAUUUAUAGCAAUAUCAUCGGAAUGAUUUAAAAAAUUCAGGAAAUGGCCUAUUUAUUUACUUGUAGUUGAACGUUUGCAGCAAACGGCAAAAUGUCAGGUUCAUGUUGAUUAUUUUCAAAUUAGGAAAUGCGUGUAUGAUUACUGUGUUGAAUAUUUCUUAUAGAUGAUACUGUUAUAAAACCAUGCAUCUUGAAGUAAAAAGAAAACUUGGUCACUUGUGUACAAAGUCGUUUGCUGUAAACGUUUGUCUGUCUGUUAUAUAAUCUUGUUAAAUCGAUUUGUUAAUCACGCCAAUGAGAUUUUAGAUUUUACGUAAUAAAUCAUGUUGCUAUGUUCACUGUUUAGGAACAACAAACAAAUCAAAUAAAAGAAAAGGAAAAAUCGUAGAAUAGUAAACAAAUCUUUGCUUGCUUAUGCAACGAGAAAGGGACACGCCUCGUGUCAGAGACGGUGGUUUUGGUAUAUAGGUCAGAUUAAAAUCAUUUUCCUUUCACUUACGUUGUUUCAGAUUCAGUUACGCUCAGUGGAAGAUGACCGGGAUGCUAUAAAAUAUAAUGCAAGACUUUCAAUGUAAUUAGGAAACUGAGUAGAAACAUAAUCAUAAAGGUAAGUUGUUUUUCAGACUCUUAGAAUAAUCGUGGAAAAAUAUUUGUAGCCUUGUAUUUAGUGGAGUUUGAAAAUAUUUCAUGAAAAUCGUUUAAAAACGAAUUUUCGUAUUUUCGCUGGGCAAUUCAAACACACUCAGCUUCAAACUGGUUUAUUAUCCACACAUAUAGACCGUACGAUUCCGAUAUCAGUUUUUAUCGUUUCUUCUGACCUAUUUAAGACUUCAAGCUAAAACCAUGAUGAAAUGUCGAAUUCUAAAUUGGUACAGGGGUAUUUUUUCAAAGGGUGUUUUUUUUUUGAUCGAACUCUGAGGCCCUCUUGAGGGGUGGGUGGGGAGGGGGAGACGUAUGUCCCUUGUCUAAAUUUUAAACAUGGUUGUUUCACAUUUUGAGGAGUAGGCCAUGUCCGUGUCGGUAUUUAACCCAUCUUCAUGUCAUUUCCCCCCAUUUCAUCUACUCUUGUGUUUUUGUUUCCACGCCAUGUCGCUUGUCAGAACUCUACCCUAACAGAGCCUCAACUCUGUGUCAGUGUUAUUGUAAGGGAGUAGAGUUAUUGAGGUCGAGUCUCGAAGCAUGCAUUGCACAUCUGAUUGUCUUGCAAUCUGUAUUUGUUUACUCCUUAUUUCUUUCGCCAUCAUGUUGUGAAAUGCUAACGUAGGCAAAAAGAAAAGGUAUAGCGCUCCUUUCUCUGAAAAUUCUCCCUUCAGAAGUUUUAGAUGAAGGACAUGUUUAGAAAGAUAUUUUUGUUCAAUAUGACCUUCCAAAAUUAAAACAGGUGGCAAGAUCUGCGUUUAAAAAGAUAAAGAUGUCGUUUAAUUAUAAAUGUGCAUCGCGGGGCUCUUCUUGAUUGACGUGAUUAGGUGAAUGAACUUUAGCGUCCUAAUAAACCAAUGCUUCAGCACUAACACUCUUCACUGUAUUUCCUUGUAAAUUGCUUAUGGUGUUAAUGAGACGAGUUUGUUUAAAAGCCAGCUGGCAUUUCUAUCUGUGAUGUCCACUUCCUUUUCCGGUUGUCCUUUGUGUUUGAUUAAAGCAAAAGCAUUGCUAUAAUCAAGUGGUCACUGUUAGUACCUACAUUGUUAACUUCUUAUGUUUGACUGGACAGUCUUUUUCUCCAGACUUGGCUUUUAAUUCAAAGCCUUUGCUCAAGGAAGUGAAGACUUAUAUCGAAACCCUUCCUCUAUCUUCCGAUUGAGGCAUUUGGAGAGACAUGUUCUAACUCUGAAACACAUCCUAUUUAUUUAGCAGAGAAUACUGCAUGUGAAGUACUUAGUACAUUUCAAGUGAAACUAACUUUCGUAAGCUUUAAGCAUGACUAUUAUGUUAAUCAUAUUGUAAUAUUCCUACGACUCAACGCGUGUUGAAAUAUUAUACUACAGCAAAGAGAAUAACUUGUGUAAGGACUUGCUAGUUUAGUUCGAUUCUGAUUAAGGCCAUGUGAUUCAAAACCGUGGGAAGGACUAAAAGUGAAGCGCACAUGGCAACAUGGCAACAUGUUCUAAACAUUAUUACACUAGGGGGGCAACCAGUGACUUAAGUUCCUGUGAAAUAAUUGUUCGAAGGAGCAAUCAUUGCCUAGAAAUUUCUAAAGCUCCAGAAAGCCUAAAAUGUUCUGGACAACCGUUCCACUCGUCUAACAUAUUCGGAGCCGUGAGUUUAUGUCCUAACUUACUCACAAUUUUUGGUGCCAAGUUUUGGUUUUUCAUAUUUAUCAUCAAAAUGUUGCGAUUAUUCAGUUAAAAAAAGGUAGCCUUAAAUCGGUAAAAAGACAAAACGCCCCUUAGAAUCGUUAAUGAAUUCGAAGGUACGGCUACUCUAUGACAUCGAACUUUCGACCAGGCCCAUCAGGGUAGUCAGUAAAAGUUUCGGACGAGAGGAAAAAGCCACCUAAAACUUUCGAGACGACCAAAGUUCCCCUUACACAUCCGAACAGCUGAGUAACCUUUAGGGCAGCUCCAAAUUAACUUAAAAGGCUUCUUAAAAGUCUAGAGAAACUAUUUGAGACACUUGAGACGUAUUUGGAAACAUUCGGUCGUUGGGUACUCCUGAUUGAAGCAUCUAAGCCCUUACACCUGCCAAUGUGAUCAAAUAAUCUGUCAUCACCACAUCGUUUUAUUCUUUUUCGAAACGUUUGCCCGUGUUGCAAAUCGCUGAUGCAUUGCAUUAGCUUUUUAUACUUACGGAACUGUGAAAAUGUUUUACUAGGAUGAAAAACGGAUUUCUAUAAUAAUGAAAAGGAAUUACAAAAUAGGAAAGAGGAAAAAGAGCUAGUAAUUGAAAACAAAUUCGAUGAAAAAAAUAAUAAACAACUUUGUAAACGUCUCAAACAAAUUAUUCAGCAACAAAUAAACAUGUACUUUGUCGACAUACAUGUAUCUUUUAAUUGCAAACUACAUGGAACGUAUUAACAUUUUUAAAAGUCUUGCAGUUUGCAUCUAAUUAAGGCUACGAAAAGCAAAGAUUUAAAUUUUAUUUCCUUGUUUUAAAGUUUCAUCUUUAUUUAUCCCGUGGGAAGCCUCAAAACAAAGAGCACUAGAAAUACGUAUCCCGGAAACGCAUAUCUUACGCCAAGGUGAGGAGUAGGGAUGAGUGUUUUUCUGGGGUUUUUAAAAAUCGAUUCGCUGCUCAGUGCCUCUUAAGCCAAAUAUUCACACAAAUAGUUUUCUCACAACAGUCUAGUCUUUAUGGUCCUUUAGGGAGGUUAUUUUUCGUUUUAGAGUGACAACUUAUUCGCUUCAUUAAAGAUUCGAGAUCAGUUUACCACAAAAGAAAACACAUCGGUUGUCGUUUUCAAACAGCCUGACUUCCAUACUGUUUUUUGUCUCACUGAAUAAGUAGCUUCCUCUGUGCUUAUUCUAGCUUUUAAUUUCCGUAAAGAUUAUUAAAAAUUCUUCACCAAGUGACAACUUUUUCAUUAUCCUCUUAACCACACAUUUUUCAUUUUCUCUGGAUUCACACGGUUCUCCUCAAGGGGUUUCACAGCUUAGGAUUGUAGUGAUGAGGUUGCCGCGAAAGAUCGUCAGAGGGGCAUAAUCGUAUAUGAAGCCUGCUAAAGAUGUUUGAAAACAUUCAAUUUCUUUUAGCAAAACAUACAAUUUCUUUUAGUUUUGUUCGCAGUCUUUUAAAGUAAACAAGCCCCAGGGGGAAGCCAUUUGAAUUGUUCUCGAUUGGUGAGCUUGAAUAGCAAAUGAACGAUCCAAUGCGAGCGUUUAGCGUUCUCUUAUUCGAUAAUCACGGCGCCUUUAAUUUCCGGCAACAAGGUAUGUUUUGAUUUUUCAUCUUCAAAGUUUGAAAACAAUUGGCUUUGCUUGUAUAAUUACACGGAAAAAAUGCAAGUAAACACAGUUCCCAUUGUGGUGUUUCUUUAAAGUGCCAGUUGUGAACGGCCACAUGUCCAUGCUGUUCCUUUUCUAGCAAGAAAGAGAUAAGAGAAACUGGGAAACUCCAAUCUUUCCUCUUCGUGAGGUAAGUCUUCUGAUUUGUUGGACUGAUAGUAGUUUGUGGUUGAUUAGCUCUUUGAGCAAAGAUUCAUGGGUUUUUCUUUGGACAGUAAAAUAGCCAGUAGGCAAAAUUCUGAGAAGGGAAAACCUACUGAAUUACUGAUUCAUCGAAGGUAAAUUAAGCAUAACACGAAAUGUAUAAUUUAAAGGCAAAAAUUAGAAUCAUGAAAUACUUUUUUUUCUGUUUAUAUUCUUUCGAUGAAGACUUGAAGACAAAUUUAAAAUGUCAAUUGCUUUUUCAAAAAAUGUAAGAGGAAAACUCGAAGCAUCUCUUGCCCCUCUACCGGCUUCGCUGCGCAUCGCAUUAAUCUCUACAAACAAAGAUAACUAAGCAUAUAAAAGCCGAAAUUUGAACAUAUGGGUUUCCCUCAGGGAAAACUUCGACUGCGUUCUGUACUAUUUAAUACCCGGAUGCUGAAGCUGUCUUACGCAAACAUUGAAAAUUAAAUGCAGUGUGUAAUUAAGAGCAUCCCUGAACAUAAAGUAUGGUGGAGUAACGAAUGUAAAAAAAAAGAUUGAUAUUAGCAUACUUCAUAUUGUCAGUCAGCACGAUAUCAUCCAUAUCGCAUGGAUAACUGAUAGCUUUUUCAGCUGUACUCGCCUUUAUAUUUUCUUAUCUACACACGUGGACCAUAAAUAUUUUAGUAGUUUGAGUGAAUGUAUGAUAACAACGAGGGUCUCAAAUUUGACUUAUUUUAAUGAAAUAAUUUGAAGGUGUUUCAAGUAUUGGAAUACAGGCUGUAAUGGCGGGAGAUAUAGUGGUGCGCGGUGAACGCUGAAUGCUUCCAAAAGAAAUACACUUGCGAUUUUAUUUAAAAACAUUAUAUACAAGAAACUAAUAUGUAAGAAUGAAAUGUUUAUUCAAGGAAUGGCUUCUUGAUCUUCCGCUUCUUCCGAACUCGAAAAGCACAUGCUUCCUUAUUGGAGGAUGAAAAAAGAUCGCUCGCUUUAAAGGGGCAUGUAGAUGAAAAGCUUUUUAGAAUCUGAUGGUAACAGCAUGUAAAUCUGCCAAUAAGUAAUUAUAGACUCAUUUUUCAACCAACUGUCUUAGUUCAUAAAUUUCAUAAAUAAAUUGCUGUGGUAUCAUGACCAGAGUAUUAUAAUUGAAAAAGAAAACAUUUCUAUUUUUCACACAGAAUUUUUUUACAAAUACGAUUUGAAUGCCAAAUGCUGAAAUGUCCUCAUUUUCGUGUACGUACGGGCUAUAAACCGACUCAAACACUAAUGAAAAAAAAAAAAAAAACAAAUAAAAAAAACAAACAAAAAACUAGAAAAAAGGAAAAAAAAAAGAUAGAACAAAGAACAACAAAUCACGGGUUACCCGGUGUUCACUUGCCAUAGUGAUUUACACGGAACGGAGGUGAAAUAAAACUCGUAUAGCCCAACUACCAUGCUGGUAUAACCCCGGUCCCUAAUGGGGUCUAAGCUGGUAACAAUAGAUAAAUAUUUUAUUGUUCUAUUCAUUUGCAAGAUAUAAGUGUUUUAUUAACUUCCUUGAUUCAUAACUGUCAGAAUUGAGGACCACCCAAAGCAGGAUGUUCAGCAAAACACUUAUAAUAGAGUUCUAUCCACUGUUUUUUAAAUCUCUGCAUACUACUUGGUAUACUAUGCACGACGACUAUGUGCAGCUAUAUUUAAGCUUUAUCCUUUAAUCAGAUCAUCUUAGCCUCAGAAAAUUAAGGGAAAAUUCUCACAACCUAAAUUUUUUAAGUGCCAAACCGGACGGAUUCAUUCAAACCGAAAACAAGAAGCUAUCAAUCUUUUCCGACUUGUGAAUGUUUUUAGGUGAAAUUAAUCUCACUUUACUUUAGGAAAAUUAAUUACGAAUUUAUUAUGAAAGUUACCAGGCAAAAUAUGAAUUUAAUAUGAAAUCAGUCUCAUAUGGAUGUACUACACGACGCACGUUUAUUGUAACUGGGAAAGUGAGAUAACCUUUGGUACAGCCAUUUAGAGGAAACGUCUUCAGCAGCACUUUCAUUUGGUAUGAAUUUUUGUCUCAAAGAAUAUUGCAAAUGAAAUUUUGGCUUUUUAAAUUCCGUUCUACCGCAAAGAACGGCAAAGCGUUAUUCUUGAACAAAGAAAAUGCCAUCUUCUUCAAAUUGUUGAUUCUAUUCCAAAUAGUCAUUGCAAAAGUUUGUAAUUUCCACACCAAAAAAACACGUUUUGAUAGCCCAAGGAGAAAUUCCCCUAGAAAUAAACGACUGGGAGAAUUGCCAGAAAAAGUUCUAAAACGCUCUUCAAAGAUACCGUUUUGUGGACGUGGCUUAAAUUCCUUGUUACCGCUAACAAGUUAAAAACCAAUUGUAGAACAGCAAAUCAACUCUGACUGAUGUUAGAUUUUUUAGCGCCUAAACUGGUGCCAAGGCUAAAAGUGAAGUUCUCGUAUUGACAUACUUAUAAUUUAUUUAAAGAAAAAAUAGACUUGAAAGAAGUCUUGAAACACUGCGAAGAAAUCUUUUAAAUCUAUGCUUAAUAUUAGUUCGAUCACAAAUAUGCACGUAAACUGAGCCACUCUCGCAUAAAUAUGACAAGUGUUUAAACUUUAUCGCUUUAUCGCGUUUAAUCAAGGGAAACUGCACUAUUUAUCAAAAAUCAUAUUAUUAAUGUCAAACGGCGACGGCACCAGGAAGGGCAAAAAAUCACUAGGUCUAAUUAGCAAAACACAACUUUGCACGUGCAUCGCGUUUUGUUAUAAAUUUAUUUUUGUCGUCGUUUUUCGCGACUGCAAACUUCCUAGUUACAUGUUUUAUGGAUGAAAUGUCGUAUGUGCUCACAAAAGAUUUUGUUGCCAGUUUGUGUUCCUGUUCGCUUUGUUCUUCACUGACGCUCAUUUUCACCCUACUGGUUGCUAGCAUCUAACAAGUUCUUACCGCAGUUACAAAAAUUUCUUGUUGUUCUCGCAACGAAAUACGUCUCCUUUUGUUUAUCUCUCGCUUUAGCUCUUUCUCUGUUAUCCACGUCAGUAUAGACACAAUGAAAACUAAGUCGAAUAAAGACUCGGCUUACUUGUCUUUUUGUCUCUAGGUCCGCCAAAACGUACUGGUGGUUGAAAGAGAAAUUUCAUAG